AUGCGGUCGUGGUACCAAUUGUGCACUGCUGCACUAUUAACGUCGCUAGCGUUUGGUGUACAUGGCAAUGAGGUCAAGAUUGACCAAAAAGAAAUAAACCGACAACAAUGCUCGGGCAUGUUCAGUCGCAAGGGCUGGGGAGGAGCUGUAGAUCCCUUCAUCUUGACCAAGUUCGUCAAGCCAGAGGACAUACCCGAAGACCAGGACCCCGUCGUCUCGCUUGUCAUGUUCGAAUGGUCAGAUCGCAACUACGUCGGUAAACUCAUGGACGACACAACUUCUGAUCGCGCAUACAUCUGCGACGCCACUGCUAUCGAAGCAAAGUUCUGCAACUCGACCGAGGAGGGCGAGUUCAUUCUGUCUCAGGACUCGGAAAAGAGCAAGAGUUUGAUUAUUACUCAGGCAGUACAUCUUAAGAACCCGCCUGCUAUCAACUACCCCAUCAAGCGUACUGGAUACUAUUGUGUGGGUACAUAUGGCUAUACUGCAGAGAGCUACAAUGGCAUCGUCGAGUUCCGCAACAGCUACGGAGAGCUGCCUGCUGCUCAGAUCGCAAAGCUGCCUUUUUACGGUGCUCUGACUCUUGUCUACGCCCUCGCAACCGCUGGCUGGGCUUUCCUCUACUUCCAGAACCGACACGAUAUACUGCCUGUCCAGAACUACAUAACAGCCAUCUUGGUCUUCCUCGUUGUUGAAAUCUUCAUGACAUGGCUCUUUUACGACUUCCAAAACAGACAUGGCUUCAAUGGAGGCGCAAAAGCAUUGCUCAUCGUAGUCUCAGUUCUCUCAGCAGGCAGAAACUCCUUCAGUUUCUUCUUGCUGCUGAUUGUGUGUAUGGGAUAUGGUGUCGUCAAGCCCAGUCUCGGUCGUACCAUGAUUUGGGUUCGCUGGCUGGCCAUUACUCACUUUGUCUUUGGCGUCGUAUAUGUCAUUGCCUCGCUCUCUGUAACACCUGAGAAUGCCGGCCCUCUGGUUUUGCUCGUAGUCCUGCCUCUCGCGGGUACCCUCACAGCCUUCUACAUCUGGACGCUUAACUCGCUGAACGCCACCAUGAAGGAUCUAAUGGAACGUAAGCAAACCAUCAAAGCAAUGAUGUAUCGCAAACUCUGGUGGUGCAUCCUUGGCUCCAUCAUAGUCAUUUUCGUCUUCUUCUUUGUCAACAGCUGGACUUUUGCUGGUGUUAGCGAUGAAGACUUUGUACCUACCCAUUGGUCGUCGCGCUGGUUUAUCCUGGAUGGCUGGCUCAACUUGGUAUACCUCGCCGAUGUUGCAUUUGUAGCCUGGCUCUGGCGUCCCACAGCAAAUAACCGCCGUUUCGCCAUGAGUGACGAGAUCGCUCAAGACGACGAAGGCUUUGAAAUCGCAAGCAUGCGCUCAUCUCUCGACUUCGACGACCCAGAGCUUGAAGGCGCACCUCCCGCCUACGACGCCCCUAGAAACAACGCUUCAAGCUCUGCAGCCAAUCGUGAUGUAUCGCCUUUGCCAGCACCCAAGCCAACAAGACCUGCAUCAUUGCCGAGAGAGUCUCUAGACGGCGAGACGAUAUUCGCAGUUGGAGGUGAAGACGACGAUGAAGAGAGGUGGAGUGAAGACGAUAGUGACAACGAGGGCAAGCGUCUAACAGGAAAGAAAGAUUAA